AUGGCGAAUACAGCACAGCUUCUGCGAAGGCAAAGUUCCCGCGAUAUUGUGCUGAAAAGUCAAAAGAGCAUUGACCAGCUGGAAUUGCGGGAAAUGCGCGGGCGUCUUGUGCCCAAAGAACACCAUGGCAGCGGCACACAUCAUCACCAUCACCACCACCAUCAGCCCAUGUAUGGUGCGACCAAUCAAGCAUUCCUAGGCGAUACUUUUGAUGAAUCGAAUGAAUUGGAACCAGAUGGCUUCGGCGCGGAGGCGAGUACUAGUAAAUCGAAAGCAGAAUUAGCAGCUGCCGUAUCAGCCACAGUUGAAGCGCAGGAAGAAGACAUUGUCGAAGGUGAAAAGGAGGGCGACGAACGUGAAAGUUGGGAUAACAAAAUCAUGUUUUUGCUCGCAACCAUAGGCUAUGCCGUUGGCUUAGGUAAUGUCUGGCGUUUUCCCUAUUUGGCGCAGAAGAAUGGGGGUGGCGCCUUUCUUGUGCCCUACUUCAUAAUGUUGUGCAUACAAGGGUUGCCUAUAUUCUAUUUGGAAUUGGCUGUAGGCCAACGACUGCGCAAAGGUGCGAUUGGUGUGUGGAGCCAGGUCUCUCCCUAUUUGGGCGGCAUUGGCAUCUCAUCCGCAGUUGUCAGCUAUAUUGUCGCUUUGUAUUAUAAUACCAUAAUUGCCUGGUGCCUCAUAUACUUGUUGCAUAGUUUUGAGUCACCUUUGCCGUGGGCCGAUUGCCCCACACGCCUCUAUGCCAAUUACACUUAUGACCAUGAGCCGGAAUGUGUGGCCUCCUCGCCCACGCAGUUCUACUGGUACCGCACCACACUUCAGUGCUCCGAAAGCGUCAAUGAGCCGGAAACUUUUAAUUAUCACAUGGCUAUAUCGUUGAUAGUUUCAUGGUUUCUUGUCUACAUCUGUAUGGUACAAGGGAUUACGUCGUCGGGUAAAAUCGUCUAUAUGACCGCCAUAUUUCCAUAUGUGGUGCUCAUUAUAUUCUUCUUUCGUGGCAUUACGCUGAAAGGUGCUUCAGAAGGCGUCGCUCAUCUCUUCACGCCACGUUGGGAAACACUACUGGACCCCGUCGUUUGGUUAGAAGCUGGCACACAGAUUUUCUUUUCUUUAGGUCUCGCUUUUGGAGGUUUGAUCGCCUUUAGUUCUUACAAUCCUGCUAACAACAACUGUUACCGCGAUGCCAUUUUGGUUUCUCUCACAAAUUGUGGCACUUCCAUGUUUGCCGGUGUUGUGGUCUUUUCAGUGAUCGGCUUCAAGGCCACAUCCACAUUCGAUCGCUGUAACGAGGAACGACAGAGUCUGAUUACGCAGAAUAAAACGACGAAUCUACCAGUUUGUGAUCUCGAAAAAGAACUGGCAAAUAGCGCUUCUGGUACCGGUUUGGCAUUCAUUAUAUUCACUGAAGCGAUCAAUCAAUUUCCUGGUGCUCAAAUCUGGGCGGUGCUCUUCUUUCUGAUGCUUUUUACACUCGGCAUUGACUCACAAUUCGGCACACUGGAAGGUGUCGUAACCUCGCUGGUGGAUAUGAAAUUAUUUCCAAAUCUACCUAAAGAAUGGCUUGUGGGGGGUCUCUGUUUUUCCUGUUGUUUGAUCUCUAUGUGCUUUGCUAACGGCGCUGGUAGCUACAUAUUUCAACUAAUGGAUAGUUUUGCGGGUAAUUUUCCGCUUCUAAUCAUUGCACUCUUCGAAUGCCUUUCGAUCAGUUAUGUGUACGGUGUCAGAAGGUUUUCCGACGACAUCGAGAUGAUGACUGGUUCACGCCCUGGCUUAUAUUGGAUGAUAUGCUGGAAAUAUCUUUCACCCUGCGCUAUGAUAACCAUUCUGUUAGCCUCUUUCUAUCAGCUGCUCACCGAGGGCAGCAGCUAUCCCGCUUGGAUAGCUGCCAAAGGGCUGACUGAACAACUGGAGUGGCCGCAUUGGUGUAUUGUCAUUGCAUUUUUCCUGAUACUCUCAUCAAUACUGUGGAUACCGAUCGUGGCGAUAUUGAGGCUCUGUGGCAUAAAGGUGGUAGAGGACUCGGAUCCUGCCUGGUUCCCAGAAGCAGAGCUGAAAGAAGUGCACGGCAUUGUGCCACAUGAACCCACAGAAAUCGAACGCACAAUAUUUUGUUUUAAUAUGGACGGCACAGAGGGGAUGUGUUGUCCGAAAUAUGGACUACCUGAGAAAUCGCUCGAAGAAGAGGAGUAAAUAGAGCAAACGCAAACUAUUCAAGGAAAGAGCUGAAUUUAAAAAAUACUACAUAAUGAUGGAAAAAUCAAUAAAAUGUUGGAA